AGAGUUAUCUACCUUUGACAGCUUCUCCAGUUUGACCCGACGUCCGACCGAUUGUCAACAUCAAUAUCCUCCCAUCAUUUCGUGUAUUUGUGUUGACCUACUGGCAUUCUUUGCUUGAUUCUGAUCUGAAGAAAUUACAUAUCACAGUCAAAAAGGAAAGCCACGAUGGAUAGAGAGAAGAAGAUGAAUGUGAUAGAGUUCAAAAGGUACCAGUCUGAGUUGUAUGAAAGUAUUAUGAGCAGAGACCCAAACUGUAUGGAACUUGUGAAGAAAUAUGAAGAGAUCAUCCAAAAAGAAAUUGAAAUAAAUGUUGGUUCAUUGUGUAGAUGCGGGAGAGAAAUUGAACAUCAUUUUAUACAAGAGCCUCAUCAAUCAAAACCAGCGAUUGACAAGAUAUCGGAGAUGAUCCGUCGUGGUGAGUGUAAAUGUGGUUACGAUGGUCCUGGCUAUCGUAAAGAUGGGGUCGUCAGACUGACUUUUGUCCACAUUGCCGCCUCAUCUAACAACGUAGAACUGUUGCGACUGCUUUCAUCCCAUACACACUUGUUCAAACAACACACAUGGAUGAUGAAUCUCUCCCCUAUUUUCAUUGCUGUGACCCUGAGAAAUGAGGAAGCAAUUGAUUUCCUCCUCACACAAGACAUUGAUAUAAAUGCUGUGUGUACCUCAGACCGGUUGACAGUUCUGAUGCGAGCUGUGCAACAAAAAAAGGUCAAUCUAGUGAAGCGACUUUUACAAUUUCCUGGAAUCGAUAUAAAUAUUAAGAGUCUGCGUGAAGAAACUCCAACCUCACUGGCACUACGUUGGCAAAGUAAAGAGAUAUUUGACAUUUUGAUAGACACUGGAGCUGAUAUCAACGUUACCCCUGGAGCGGGGGCAACCAGUUUACUCAUGAUAGCUAUCACGAAAGGAAUGGAAUAUGUUACCAAGCUGCUUGAAAAAGGUGUGGAUGUUAAUUACACCAAUCCUCGCAACGAGACAGCUAUGCACUACGCUGUGUAUGUGGAUAAUGUCAAUGCUGUACAAGCCUUGUUGGAUGCUAAUGCUGAUCCGAAUGUAAGAGUGAAGAGUGAUCUAAUGACUCCAAUAGUCUUUGCGGCAAAUCAAGGCGAGACAGCAGUGGUGGAAGUCCUGGCUAAAGGUGGUGCAGACAUCAACUUAAGCUCUGUUCAGGGGUAUAAUGCAGUGCAUAUGGCAGCCUGGAAUGGCUACACAGCCAUGCUGAAGUCGUUGUUGGAAUGUGAAGGGGUAGAACACGACAAGGUCACGUGUGACAAAAACUCUCCUCUAGGGUUGGCAUGUCAUGGAAACCAUGCUGUGGCAGUAGAAAUGCUGCUGCCACGCGGUUGUAACGUCAACAACCAAGAUAAGGACAAUGAUACUGCCUUGUUGUAUGCUACAUACAAUGGUAUGACAGACACUGUGAGAUUACUACUUCAACACGGAGCAGAUCCUGACCUCUGGAAUAGUACAAAUGUUUCACCCCUAUGGAACGCUGUAUACGGAAAACACAGGGAGAUUGUAAAGUUACUGCUUGGAGCAAAUGUAAAAUUGGAGGUGAGUAGCAUUGGAACAAACCAACACUCCCACAGCAAUGAUCCAGUGCCACUGUUCCCGUCUCCGAAGACCACUCUAUAUGUAGCAGUCCGCAAUGAGUGUACAGAUAUAGUGUACCUUCUUCUGUCGGCGGGAUACAACAUAAAUAGAGAACAAUGGCUACAAAUGGAAGAAUGUCCCGAAUUGGAGCAACAGGCGAACAUUGUGGCAAUGCUGAGGAAGAAGGCUAGUCAGCCGCCUCGUUUAAUUUCUAUCUGUCGUAACUAUUUCAGAGGGUAUGGUAAUCCACGAGAGUUAACGGAACUUGUCAAAGCCCUCGAUCUACCAAGAUAUUUGAAAAAUUAUUUGUUGUUGACGGAGUUAUUGACUGAUUCCUGUUUGAAGCUGCUGAUAUCCUCCUUUGGAAAAAAAAUGUCACAGACGGAAAGGAAAGCAAUGAUAGAUAAAGAGGAAAUGGAUAAGAUAGAAAUCCGAAGGUGUCAGUCAGAGUUGUAUGGAAGUAUUAUGAGUAGAGACCCAAACUGUAUGGAACUUGUGAAGAAAUAUGACGAGAUCAUCCAAAAAGAAAUUAAAAUAUGUGUUGGUUCGUUGUGUAGAUGCGGGAGAGAAAUUGAACAUCAUUUUAUACAAGAGCCUCAUCAAUCAAAACCAGCGAUUGACAAGAUAUCGGAGAUGAUCCGUCGUGGUGAGUGUAAAUGUGGUUACGAUGGUCCUGGCUAUCGUAAAGAUGGUGUCGUCAGACUGACUUUUGUCCACAUUGCAGUCUCGUCUAACAACGUAGAACUGUUGCGACUGCUUUCAUCCCAUACACACUUGUUCAAACAACACACAUGGCUGAUGAAUCUCUCCCCUAUUUUUAUUGCUGUGGCCCUGAAAAAUGAGGAAGCAAUUGAUUUCCUCCUCACACAAGACAUUGAUAUAAAUGCUGUGUGUACCUCAGACCGGUUGACAGUUCUGAUGCGAGCUGUGCAACACAAUAAAGUGAAUCUUGUGCAGCGACUUUUACAGGUUCCUGGAAUUGACAUUAAUAAAAAGAGUCUUCGUGGAGACAACCCAGCAACGCUAUCGCUACGUUCACAAAGUAAAGAGAUAUUUGACAUGUUGAUAGAGGCUGGAGCAGAUAUCAACAUUACGGGCGGUAAAGGUGAAACAAGUCUUCUGAUGAAAGCUAUCGUUUACGGAAUAAACUAUGUUAUCAAGCUGCUUGAAAAGGGAGUGAAUGUUAAUUACACCAAUCCUCGCAACGAGACAGCUCUUCACUUCGCCGUGUACGCAGGUAAUGCUCAUACUGUGCAAGCCUUGGUGGAUGCUAAUGCUGAUCCAAAUGUUGGAGUGAAGAGUAACCAAAGGACUCCCAUAAUUAUUGCCGCCCUUAGGGGUUAUACUGCGGCAGUGGAAGUCCUGGCUAAAGGUGGUGCAGACAUCAACCUAAGCUCUGUUCCGGGGUAUAAUGCAGUGCAUAUGGCAUCCUGGAAUGGCUACACAGCCAUGCUGAAGUCGUUGUUGGAAUGUGAAGGGGUAGAACACGACAAGGUCACGUGUGACAAAAACUCUCCUCUAGGGUUGGCAUGUCAUAGAAACCAUGCUGCGGCAGUAGAAAUGCUGCUGCCACGCGGUUGUAACGUCAACAACCAAGAUAAGGACAAUGAUACUGCCUUGUUGUAUGCUACAUACAAUGGUAUGACAGACACUGUGAGAUUACUACUUCAACACGGAGCAGAUCCUGACCUCUGGAAUAGUACAAAUGUUUCACCCCUAUGGAACGCUGUAUACGGAAAACACAGGGAGAUUGUAAAGUUACUGCUUGGAGCAAAUGUAAAAUUGGAGGUGAGUAGCAUUGGAACAAACCAACACUCCCACAGCAAUGAUCCAGUGCCACUGUUCCCGUCUCCGAAGACCACUCUAUAUGUAGCAGUCCGCAAUGAGUGUACAGAUAUAGUGUACCUUCUUCUGUCGGCGGGAUACAACAUAAAUAGAGAACAAUGGCUACAAAUGGAAGAAUGUCCUGAAUUGGAGCAACAGGCGAACAUUGUAGCAAUGCUGAGGAAGAAGGCUAGUCAGCCGCCUCGUUUAAUUUCUAUCUGUCGUAACUAUUUCAGAGGGUAUGGUAAUCCACGAGAGUUAAAGGAACUUGUCAAAGCCCUCGAUCUACCAAGAUAUUUGAAAAAUUAUUUGUUGUUGACGGAGUUAUUGACUGAUUCCUGUAAUUGAUACAAGGAGUCAGCGGUAGAUGUUCGUGCCUAGUUAUCAGAAUAAAUAAACAUAUCAUCAAAUACGCUUCUUAAAUAUAAUUGUAAGUUUUUAAAAUUCUUCCUUUCCUAAAUAAUUUAUAUGCUUUGUGAAUAAAGCCUAAAAAGUUUUUCCAUCACCAUAAUAUAGUUCAUCAAA